GCGCUUUCUCCUCCUCGGCACUAGGUGUCCCCAUAUUUUCACCGACCACCACCACAACUCUGUCGCUUCCUGUCCCCCGAGUCGUGAACACCACACGAAGCCAGCGCCACACACGUGAGAAGAAAAACAGACAAGAUGGACAUCACAGAGGUUCCUGUGAGCGAGGACAGCAAAGGUAAGAAAAAGAAGAAUAAGAAACCAAAGAUGAAGAGCAAGGCUGGGAAUGGAGAAGCUGAGAAGAAGCAGCAGGAGGUGGUGGUGGUGGAGAACAUGGAGAAGAGCGAGCCAGCCUUUCCUCCAUCCUUCAGUGUGUCCGAAAUCAAGAAUAAACAGAGGAGACACUUCAUGUUCAUGAAGCUCAAGCAGGAAAAAAGAAAGCAAAAGAUGCAGCUGAAGAAAAAGAAGAAAAAAGAAAGGGAAGCUUUAGGUGACAAGGCACCGCCAAAAGAAGUCCCAAAGACGAUAGAAAACCAGAGGGUGUACGACGAGACAGUAGUCGACCCAGAGGAUGAAGAGGUUGCAUUUGAUGAGGGAACUGAUGAGUUUUCUGCCUACUUCAAUGGGCUGACAAAUCCUAAAGUACUCAUCACAACAUCAGACAGACCAAGAGGGAGGACGGUGAGGUUUUGUGAGCAGCUGGCCACAGUAAUCCCAAACGCCCACGUCUACUACAGAAGAGGUUUGGCCCUGAAGAGAGUCAUUCCUCAGUGCAUCGCCCGGGACUUCACAUACCUCAUUGUCAUCAACGAGGAUCGCAAAGUGCCCAAUGGUAUGGUUCUUUGUCAUCUCCCCGACGGGCCGACUGCACACUUCAAGGUCAGCAGUGUUCGACUACGCAAGGAGAUGAAGAGACGAGGCAAAGAUCCAACUGAACACUCUCCAGAGGUGAUCCUCAACAACUUCACCACACGUCUGGGCCACAGCAUCGGCCGGCUGUUCGCUGCCCUCUUUCCACAAGACCCCCAGUUUGUUGGUCGACAGGUCGCAACCUUCCACAACCAGAGAGACUUCAUCUUUUUCAGAUUCCACAGGUACAUUUUCAAGAAUGAGAAGAGAGUUGGUAUUCAAGAGCUGGGACCUCGCUUCACCCUCAAACUCCGCUCUCUACAGAAAGGCACCUUUGACUCAAAGUUUGGGGAGUACGAGUGGGUCCUGAAGCGCCAUGAGAUGGAUGCCUGCAGAAGGAAGUUCCAGCUAUGAAUGCAAAAAAAACAACUUUUGUGGUCCGACAAGGAUGACCUUGUCUUUUUAUCGAAGAUAUUACUCCUGUUUGUGGCUUUGCACAAACCGACUUUAUCCUAGUGGAUAUCCUGAUACUUCCUGGACAACCAUUUGACAACACAAUUUGAGGUUCAACACUGAUGACUGGAUUCUGUGAGAUCAUGUCGCUGUAGUUCACGGAGACCAGAGUGUGGGACGGGAGCCUGUAGCUCACGGCAUGAACUUUUAACCCCUCUGUCAGUUGGGAGACGUUAUACAUGAAUCCCAAUAAACUGAAAACUCUGAUGUGUGACAGUUGUAUCAGCAGAUGUGCAGUUCCUAUCAAAUUUAUCGACAUGUAUGAAUAUGGCCUGAAAUUAAUCAGAAAGUCAUUGUGCCUGCCCUCACAGUGUCUGGAAAUGGGGCAGUGCUUCAAAUUGUGUCUGCAGUGCAGCUCGUGUACGUGUUUUAAAAAAGAAAAAAAUGGAUGACACAUUUAUCUAAAAGUGUAUAUACUUGUUUUAAUAAAACUUGUAGCUGCAAGUUUAAAAUGUGGAAAUACCAUUUAUUUAUUCUUAAAAUCAGGCAUGAAAAAAAAAUGUACAAUGUUCAAAAGGCACAUAUGUGCAUGCUGAUGUUGGGUUAGUUCCGGCUAAGCAAUAAAAUUAAGACAUUUACUGCAUCACAUAAGCACCUGGAAAUGUUUCCAUGUGAGAUUUCACAAAAGACAAAAGUAAAAAAAAA